GCUUUUUGUUUUUAUCUCCAUUUUAGGGAGCAUUGACGCAUUAAGACAUGACUGGGACUGUAGCAGUCUGAAUCUGUGGUACGGUCACUUCGAGAUGGGUUAUGCCUAAUGUUAAUUCCAGGCAGCUUCUCAAGACAAUUCACCUAGGAGGGCACACGGAGGGCCUGAAGUAAGAUGGAGAACGAGACGAGCACUACCACCUCUGCCCCUGCUACCACUACUGCCAGUUCGCCGUCGUCCCGCACCCAGGCCCCCCCGCCACCUCUGUACAGCGCCCCCACCGACAGACAGGCUGUGCAGGUGAUCCAGCAGGCCAUCCACCGGCCACAGAGCAUGGCUGCGCAGUACCUGCAGCAGAUGUACGCAGCUCAACAGCAGCACCUCAUGCUUCAGACAGCUGCCCUGCAACAGCAGCACCUGAGCAGCACCCAGCUCCAGAGUCUGGCCACAGUCCAGCAGGCGACGCUGACAGGAGGCAGGCAGUCCUCAUCCCCCAACGGCAGUGUGUCACAGCAGUCGAAUGUCUCACAGACCUCGAUCAACCUGCCCUCCUCUCCAGUGACAGCCCAGAUCAUCAGUCGCACUCAGAGCUCCAGCUCCACCGCUGCAGGGGGCGCAAUCUCCCAGCAGGCCAUGCUGCUGGGCAACAGCUCGCCCACCCUCUCCACCAGCCAGGCUCAGAUGUACCUGCGUGCUCAGAUGCUCAUUCUCACCCCCACUGCCACUGUUGCAGCUGUGCAGUCUGAGCUGCCUGUUGUUUCUUCAGCAUCCUCUCCGUCUGCUUCCACCCAGGUCCAGAGCCUGACGCUGAGGGCCCCACCCAGCGCUCUGCCCUCAACACAGACUGUGCCACUCAAGGCUACCACUCAAGGACAACCUCAGAUACCCACACACCCCAAGAUGUCCCUAUGUCCCCUGAAGUCCACUCAGCAGCCCGAAGCCCAGGGGGACGGGGGGAAGAAAGGGGACAGCCCUGGAGCCGAACCCCGAAACACUCCUGUCUCCCGUCUGCCCUCUGCGCAUCAGCUUAUAGCCCCAGCACCAUUCCCUCCAGUACAGCCUCACGCUCUGAUGAAGCACCAGCUGCAUUGCCCAGCCGGACACAAGGGGGCGCACCACCAGCUCAUUAUACAGCAGCAGCCAGUUGCUCCUCACAGGCAGGUCCAGCCAAUCGCGCUCCAAGUCACGACGCAAGAGACUCCGCCCCCCUCCCAGCACUGCCUGUCCGUUCAGCCACAGGUGGCCCCGCCCACCAACCUGGUUUCCGUCCAAUCGCAGCACUGCACCUCCAUCUCCUCCGCCGCCGCCCCCCCGGCUCCCUCUCCCGAGCAGUCACAGCCUGCCGCUCAGCCGACAGUGGUCGUCUCCCCUCCGCCCACGCAUUCCCCCACCAGCCAUUCCCCGACCAUCAUUAUCCAGCCCCAGGCACUGGUCGGGACCCAGGCUCAAGCCCUGGUCUCCGCCCCCAUGCAGCUGGGCCCAGCUCAGCCACCGCCUCUCAGCUCCGCCCAGGUUCCUUCCAGUUUGUCCUCCCACCUGUCUCCUUUGUCUUCCUCGCUUGCGUCGAUUGACUCCCUGCCUCAGUCUGCGUUGGUGCCCCCGGCGACCGUACCUACCCCUCAGCCCCCUCAGCACUCCCCCCCACCUCAGGCAGCCGCCGGGCCCCUGUCAUCUCCUCCUCCUCCUCCGUCUGGCCCCCCGGAGCUGCCCCACCCCUCUCCCACCUCGCUGCAGCCUCUGCCCCUGCCGUCGGUCCAGGCUCUGGCGGUGCAGUCUGAGGUGCUGCCCGCGGCGCCAAUGCUGCUGUCUGAAGAAGAGCUGCCCGUGGCUGAGGCCUUGGUCCAGAUGCCUUUCCAGACGCUGCCCCCUCCACAGACCGUCGCUGUCGACCUCCAGGUCCAGCCGGCCGCGCCGGUGGAGACCCCAGUGGUGCAGCAGGUAUAUGAGAUGGAGGGGAUGUGUGCAGAGGAAAUGAGAGAAGACGGAUUAUCCUGUCCACUAAGGGAUAGGACUCCCACUCCCCCUGCUUUGUCGCCGCCUGCUAUUCCCGAGAGGCACUGCGAAGACAUGUCCAUGCAUUCAGAGAACUGCUCAGCUGUUACUAACCUGCCCUGUGUAACGUCAACUGGCAACGCCUCCGUGAUCAGAUCUUCUGCGGAUCCCACUUACGUCAACAGCUCCCCCCCUCCCCUCCUGCCAGCCGUGGUAAGAAGUACCAGCAAGCCCCCCCAAGCAAGCCUCCCGGGGGUUCCUGACAGCAAGCCCCCGCAGGCGAUCGUUAAACCCCACAUCCUCACGCACCUCAUUGAGGGCUUCGUCAUCCAGGAGGGGCUGGAGCCGUUCCCGGUCAGCCGCUCCUCCCUGAUGGUGCAGCAGCAGGUGAAGCAGCCCGAGGCCCAGGUGCUGAAAUCGAACGGGGGGCAGCCGGAGGCCCUGCUGGAGCCCGAGCAGCCUGAGAACUCCAGCGACACCGACAUGGACGACAUGACUGCCGAGGACGGCGUGGAGGAAGCUGCUACAGAGGUGCUGAAGUGCGAAUUCUGUGGGAAGAGGGGGUACGCUCACAAGUUCCUCAGGUCAAAGAGGUUCUGCUCAAUGUCAUGUGCCAAAAGGUAAAUUACCUCCUCAUUUUUAAUAUAUGAAUGUUCAAUUUUGCUCAUUUGAAGAGAAAUAUUUUUUUUCCUCCUCCUACAUGCUAAAAGAGUCAGGGAUCAUAAUGAAAUUGAUGCCUCUUUCAAAGUGGUGUAACAAUCAUACAAUUAUGGACAGGAUAUGUAUGUGCUACAUAUAUUCUGUAUAUACCUGGUAUAUGAAUAACCGUUAUCAUCUACUAAUACUGAAAGAUCGCUGAUGACUGUAGUUAUACCAUACAAAGUUGGCAACAGGCAACAGGCCACAGACAUACAAAGCUUUUAGAACUCAAAAUGUCACGCAUUUUUCCAUUUAGAUCUCAGUUAUUCCUGUGCAUGUCUAAAAACUCAGAAAUUCUCUUAUUUUUAAGUGUUUCUUUGUACCUGUAAUCUACCCAAUU